AUGCGUGUAUACCUCUCAUUCAGACCACUCCUUCAUGUCGACCAAUCCAAUCACUUUGCAUCACAGCAAGCGCAGUAUCAAACCCAUCGGACCACGACCUCCCGUGACACCGCGCAAGGAUUCCAGCGGGAAGUCAGCAUGAUUGAAACACACUUCAUGGCUCUGGUUGAAUUUCGGCAAUCGGCCUACACUCGCAAAUAUUUUAGCAUCUUAGCCUUCAACCACCGAGUUUUAUCUUUUUUCGAGAUCCGCCACCGACUCAAGCCGAUAGUAAGCACUAAUUUGCUGCUAACUCUUCUUGUGUAG